UGAUAUGAAAGCAAAUUAUUCAUCAACAAGUAUUCGUGCAUCGCUUUUGCAACUCAUAUCAAACUUCUUUAGUAGACACUUUUUUUUCAGGAAGGAAGUUGAGUAAUUUAAAGAAUUGUUCUUUUCAAGAGAGCGGUUGUGGUUCCCAACCAAUCACAACACGUGAAAUAAAGAGGGGAAACCCACCCAUCCGGCCAUUUUGAAUCGAUCCUCCAAAAGAAAACAGAGGCGACAAGUGGCUGCGCUGACAGAUUUCAUUAUAAGUACUGGUAGUAUUCUAUACCACUAACUUUGACCAUGUCGGUCAAUGAAGAAAUCCAAGCCAGCACAGACAGCUUCUGGGAGAUAGGGCAGUAUAAGAGGACAGUAAAGAGAAUUGAGGAUGGUCACAAAUUGUGCUCAGACUUAAUGGCCUUGAUCAAAGAAAGGAGUGAAAUUGAGGAUGAAUACUCCAAAAAACUGAGGCACUGGACCAAAAAGUGGAAUAAAUUGUUGGACAGUGGUCCAGAGUAUGGCACUACACAAGCAGCCUGGCGGAGUGCUCUCACAGAGGCCGACAGAGUGGCAGAUUUACACACAAACGUCAGAGACAAACUGGUCAAUGAUGUUAACCCAAAAAUCAAAAAUUGGCAGAAAGAACAUUUCCAUAAAACUUUGACAGGGAUGAAGGAAGUUAAAGAAAUGGAGGAACAUUUCAGAAAAGCUCAAAAACCAUGGGCUAAGAGGCUAGAUAAAGUUGUGAAGGCCAAGAAAGAUUUCCAUACAGCCUGCAGGAAUGAAAAGUCCACCAGUAUACAGGCUAACAAUGCUUUAGCAGACUCUUCCAUGUCUGAAGAUCAGAAAAAGAAGAUACAGGUGAAAGCAGAACAGUACAGGGAGCAAGUGGAAACAACAACACAAAAAUAUGAAGCAGCUCUCAAUGAUAUCAAUUCCUACAAUGCAAAAUACAUAGAAGACAUGACAGAGGUGUUUGAUAAAUGCCAGGAGAUGGAGGCAGAAAGGUUAAAGUUCUUCAAGGAAGCCCUUCUUGAUACUCACAAAUGUCUAGAUAUCUCUGUAGACCCAGAGUUUUCCCAGCUCUAUGUGGAUUUCAAAAAUACGAUUGACAGUGCUGAUUACAACAAAGAUUUAAAAUUCUGGUCCAACAACCAUGGAGUGGAUAUGGCAAUGAACUGGCCAAGCUUUGAAGAGUACAAUCCUGAAAUCCACACCAUUACCACCAAACAAAAGAAGGGGAGUAACAGCCUGGAAGUUGGAGAUGGAGGAAUUUAUCUGCGUAGCAUCAGUUUGGAUAAAUACAAUGAGGAGUUCAAGACUGGAGAUGACAUUGCAGUUGGAAAUGAUGAGUACUCACCAGAGCUCCAAAGUAUCAGCAGCAAGAAGAGUAAGUCAAUCAAAGAGACCUCAGGCGACGGUGGUAUUGUUGUCACCAAGAUUAGUCACCAGAAAACUGACAGUUUUGCUUCCAACAACUCUGAUCAUGUACAACAGCAGCGGAAUGACUACAACAAGGGAGGCGACAACAUUAAAGAUGAGCCCAUGGAACAAGCAAUCACUCCACCGGUUACAAGGCAAAAAUCUUAUGAUGAAACGUUAAACCCUUUUGCUGAUGACUCUGAAGAUGAGGGCAGUCAGUCAGACACCAAAGGAGAUGAUGCUAGCAUAGCUAGUUCAAAACCAGAAGUUUCUAGUCCUGGUCCUCCAAAACCGCCGCGCCAACGCGGUCAAUCUGAAAACAAUGGUGACAACCCUUUUGGCAGUGAUGAUAAUGAUGGCUGGGAAGGAGUAGAUACUGCCUUGGAUGAUGAUGGAAGGCCAGGAGUCCCAGUUAGAGCGUUGUAUGACUAUGAUGGAGCAGAAGAAGAUGAACUCACUUUUAAAGCAGGUGAGGAGUUUGAGAAACUGGAGGACGAAGAUGAACAAGGAUGGUGCAAAGGACGACUUCGUGAGCGAGUUGGUCUCUACCCAGCUAACUAUGUGGAAGUCAUCAGCUAAAGUACCUACGGCAUACAUCAAUACUUACUGUAUGGAUAGCUUCAGUGCUGCCAACCCCAUGCAGUAUCGCGUUAAAAUACCACUGUUUUAUUUAACACCAGAGACCUAAUAGUUCAUAUCAGAGGACAAUGGAUGUGUAGUACAUCUUCCACAGAACUCUGGAUCAUUGUAACAGUAUACAAAUCCCACACCACACCAUUAGAGUGCAAUAUAGCAGUGGUCAGUAUUGAUUAUAGCACAGGUGGUUUAGUUGAUCAGAAUCAUACAUAUGCAAACUUGAAAUAUGUGUACUACAUAACAAGGGGUUUAGAUUAUGUACAAAGUUCAUCUUAUAAUAUUAAUUGUCUGUGUGUGUAUAUAUAUAUUUGGUCUGUGUGACCCAUGGGAUUAGAGUAUGAAUGAAGUAUAUUAUGAGAUUAUAUAAUAUUGUACAUAUAUUGGAAGUUAUGGAUAUUUUUAUGUUACAAUUAACUUGGGGCCGUUUUGUUAUUUAAUCCAUCAUAGAAAUAUUAAAAUUGAUAACAUGAAGAUGAUACUGGAUGUCAUGUAGUUUGGAAUGGAGGUAAAGAAAGCAAUCAUAAAUUUAGAAAGUGCUUGAAAGUUAAGUCAAUUCAUUUUUCUUCCUUAUUCUAUAUGCAUCUCUGCAGAGUUGUGCAUUUAUUUGGAGUAUUUGUUUGAACAAUGUGAAGUUAGCCCACCCAUUGGCAUUUUGUUUUGUUGAAAAGAGGCAGAUAAAGUUAAACCUGACCAGUUGUAUGUCAGUAAACUGGAAUGAAGGUCUCAAAAUAUGUUUUUGGAUAGCUACAUGGUUUGUCCCAUGUCCAUCUUUUGCAAAACCUUAUAUUGCUCAAUACAUUUUUUUCAGCUGGUUUCAGUUUUGGCAAAGUUGAUAUGAUACACAUUCCAUGUGUGUGGAUCUGAAUGAGGUAGAAUUAUUAGAGACUGUUAUGUAUAUUAAUAGAUGUGAACUGGUACCAACCUCAUUUUAAAAAAAGUAGUCAGUAAUUGUUAUUUUAUAUGAGUUAACAUGUAUACUCUUAUGUAAAAAGAUUUGAAGUAUUGAUGGUGGGCAUUCAGGUAGUAAUAUUGAUUGAUAUCAUUCCUGUAUAAUGAUAUUAGUAACUGCCCAUGCAGCCAAACUCGUACUGUGUUGAUAUUUUUGAUUAUGUUGAACAGCCCUUUAUAAACUUUGCAAUAGGCACUAUAACAAGCAAAUUAUGCUAGCUUUAUUGAAUUUCCCAUUGCACCACAUAGAACUGCCAAACUUGAUUAAAUUUUUUGACAAAAUGUAAUUACUUGUUGAAUAUGGUAAUUAGAUCAUGGAGUGUGUGACUGGAGUUAAGGGCCAUAUAUUGUUUCAUUAUGAACAUUUUCAAUAAUCAAACAAAAUAAGUUUCCCCAUUUCUUUCUUGGCAAAAAAGCAAUAUCCUUUCCAUUUCUUUUGUUAAGUAUCUCUGUUUCUUUUAAGGAAGGGAAUGUUCUGUUUUCUAAUUAGUGUAAUCACAUGUUGCAGUAAUACAGAAGUUGAUUCCUUGUAUUUGGUGUCCCAGGCAGUGUUUAACAGCAGGGAGAAAAAGGAAAAACAAAUGAAUAGUUGCCAGUUAGUUAAGAUCUUUUUCUUUUUUUGUUAUUUUAUGAAAUAUUUAAUAGAAAUUAGUUGAUUCAUUACCUAAAUGUCAUAUUUACUAAUGAAAAUCUCAUUUUAUAUGAAUAAUAUAAGUUAGAUAACAUAUUUAGUCUAUCAUGCAUAAGUCUUACCGAGGAACAAAUAGAGUAGUGUCUUACAAGCCCAGUCUAAUGAGCUAACCCUGCACUUUAAUGGAGACCACAAUAAAGGACAGAAACUAAUUGGUUAACUUAUAA